UGGAGAGACGGUGGCCUGCCUCUGGAAAAGGGCAACCAGACCGGUGGAGACCUGCAAAAGUCGGGGGAGCGGUCUUCUUUCCCCAAACAACAGGGGCGGACAUCACCCAGUUCGCCCACCUCAUCUUAGAGGCAGGAACUGCCCAGGAGCCCCGGUGCCUCAUUCUGGGAUGGUCAGAAUUGGAGGGGCUAGGAAGCAUAUCCUAGAAGUGACCACAGUCAUCCAGCAAGCCGGGUGGGUGUGGACAGUCGGUGUGAGCCGACAGCCUCCGUUCUGGGUCUCCAACUCUGGGGCCCAGAUACCUGCCUUUGGCCCUGUGCGAGGCAUCUACCCCGAUGGAGCCUUUGUUUCAGCCCUGACCCACAACCCCACGUGGCCAAAUUUGCUGGUAGAUGAGGCUCUGCCCUUGUGCUCCGGGCUGUGGGUUAAUCAGAGCCUCUGGGGGACCAGGGUGGUACUGAGGGUGCUGGGCUGGACCCUGCCUCCACCCUCAGCCUCCCUGCCUGGAGCGAAAUGCCUGAUCCUGGCUGCAACACCCCCUUCCCCCAUCCUGGACCAACUACUCCCAAAACCUCACAUUACACAAACGCCUAUCAGGCUCCCCUUGAGUGUCAGACGCUAUCCUGAGAGCUGGGAGCAGUCCUAGUCCUGGCCUCCUAGGUGCACCCGGGUAGGUGGGGUUGGGCUUGUAACUGAGUGGGGACGACAGGAUGCAAUGAGAGGGCUUCACGGAAGAGGUGGACCCAGAAGGAAGGAUUGGAAGCUGAGUGCCUGGGAAGAUGGCCUCCUCAGAGGCAGAUGCUACUAUCAUUGCUGUCUCAUUCCAUUCCCACGCCCCUGAAGAAGGCUCUGGCACCGUGCCCAGCCCAGAUGUGGGAGGAAGGAGCCAGGGAGCAGGGCUGGCAGAUGUGCUGCAUCCGGAGAGGGAGGGAUGCCAAGAUGCCAGGGUGACCAGGCAGCCAGGCUCUGGGGCCAGGGUCAGGAAUGGGCCCCACAGGCCCCUGCUUUUCUGGCCUUGCUGGUCUGCAGCAGUCGGCCUAGCCUCAUGGCCUGAGUAGCAGCUGGGUCCCAGCAGCAAGGAGGGAAACCAGAAACAGUCUCAGAAGAAACGAGAGCUUUUGACCAAAACCCCAACGUCUGCUUGCCAAGGGCCAGGUGCGGGGCUGAGCCUGGGGACUUGAUCUCUGCCCUCCGGAGUCUCCACAGCCCAGCCAAGGAGGCAGGAAUGGGAUCAAACCAGCACUUGUGAGUGAGCCACAGGGGCUCUGCAGCAGUGAGCCCUGCAGACAGAACAGGCUUGAGGGCCCUCUGCUGAGAUAUGCACAAGAUUUUUGCACCGCCUCGGAGCUGGAGGGGGAACAGCCACACCCCGAACCCCCUACCCACCCCUACUGCCCUGGCAGAGGAAGGAAGGCCAGUGGUCUAGUGGAGAUAGUACUUGUACUGAGGCACAGAGUGAUGUGAAAAGACUGCCCCGAAAGUGGGAAUUAUCCAGAGUGUCAGGGGUGGGGUUGGAGGAAGGCCGGGGCACAGCUACUGCAGCACCACCCCUGUGGGGCCCGGCAUGAAGCACUGGAUGAUAGCCUGAACUUGGGCCAGAGGCCAACCACGUGGGGGAAUCGGGUGCCUGUUGCUUCCCCCUUCCCCAACCCAGUGCCCAAAUUCUUUCCUGCCCAGCACCCCCUAGUUGCCUCUGAGCAUCCCAGGACGUGGUUUUUCUCAGCCAGCUCCAUCCCCGCUGAGGACAGGAGCUAAGUUUACUUUCAGAUGCUUCGCCAUCAAGCUCCUGUUUGACUUUGAUGCUGUUCUGUCCUAGUGGAGGGAGGCAGUGGGGACAAACAAGGUCCUCAGUUCUCGCUGUGUUCCCUCUGCCCACUGCCACAAGCACCCGUAAAAAUAGAAAAAGUCAUUAAUUAUUAAGCGCUGGCACUCUCUCUGCCUGCCUCCCUCCCCCACCCUGGACCAGGUGUGGCUGGCCCUGUGGGUACCUCUUUCCAGGCUGAGAGCUGGCUGCUGAGUCACAGAUUUGAAGUCUUGGGCUCCUGACCUUGAGUCUCAGCCUUAGGGCCAAGCUCUGUCAUGGCAAGGGGAGGAAGGUGAGUGGACCGCAAUCCCGCAGAUGCAGAGUUCCUGACGUCGGUGCCCUGAAGGUUGUGAACAGACCCCUGCCACCCUGCCAGGUGGUAGCUGGCCUCCUCCCAUCCCUUUUGUCUUUGUGUGAUCCCUUUCUUCCUGUGUCUGCCCUCUGUCCUUUUCCUCUCUCCUCCCCAGUCUAGGGGGCUCCAUGCUGACCCCAACCAGGAGGGGCAGUGGGAUUUCAGGGUUUCCUUUUAAAGACAUCCCCCUGGCUCCCAGCCAUUUUCUCUCGGGUUCUGGGGCAUUGCCCCCAGGUAACCUUGACUGGCAUUCAGAGCCCACUGCAGGAGACCCCAGAAAACUCAGGUCCAGGCGGGGGAGAGGCCAGUUCAGACUCAGUACCUUCCCAGUAAUGGUCCGGUGUAACCAUCAUUCUGGCUGUGGCAGGCUGUUUAUUACUCCAGACCCCACUCCCGGCCUAGCCAGCUCCUCUGUCCCCCCACUCCUGGGCCCCCUCCCUCUCUGGUCUGGGGUCUGCGCCCUCCCCAGAGCCGUCCCCAGUCCUCAUCUAGCUGGGGUCCUUUCCCCAGCACUUGGCUCCACUCAGCCCCCUGCCCUGAAGCUUCUAGACUUCUCUCGUGAUCCCUCCUGACAGCUCUGACCAGCUUAGCUUCCACUGUGAUCCAACUUCCCUGAAACAAUCUCUGAGAUUCUCCCCCACCCCAAACUACUUCCACUGUGUUCUCUUCCUCCCCUUCCCUGGAAUCACUAGGCGGCUCUGGUCACAUUCGCUGCCUUCAACAUCCCCAGUUUAUAGUGUGACUGGCAGCCACCCCAGCCCACCCCGCUGGCAGUAGGAAUACAUGCCCAGCUCAGCUGCUCACCUGGAAGAAAAAGCAUAAAGUGCAGUUGUUCUCGGCCCUGCCUGUGACCUUAGACUCUAGCCUAAGUUUCAGAGUUUCAUGCAGGUCAUCCACAGAGCCUGUCCCCCGAAGCCAAGGCAGGAGACAGCAUCAGUAGCAAUGGCCCCAUUGCAGACCACCUGACCCAGUUCCCAAGGCAAAAAAAAGAAAAAGCUGUGAUGAAUGUGACCUUCUGUUUUUCCAUUUAUACCUGAGUUAUUUGAAAGGGUUUGUGGAUGAGCCAAAUGCUCGCCAUCUCGUUACAGAGAAAAGGGAGCUGGUGUGCCUCCCUCAUCAUGAACUAGGGGUGGUUGAUCCUGCUGAAUUUCCAGCAAGCUCACAGCAGAAAUGGACCUGCCCUCUUCUUUGAAACCACAACUUGCACUUGGCCGCAGAGCUGGGGAAGACGCUGCUGGAGAGGAACAAGGAGCUGGAGGAGUCUCUACAGCAGAUGUACUCCACCAACGAGGAGCAAGUGCAGGAGAUCGAGUAUCUGACCAAACAGCUGGACACGCUGCGGCACGUGAAUGAACAGCACGCCAAAGUGUACGAGCAGCUGGACCUGGCGGCCCGAGACCUGGAGCUGACCAAUCAGAAGCUGGUGCUGGAGAGUAAGGUGGCCCAGCAGAAGAUCCACGGGCUGACAGAGACCAUCGAGCGCCUGCAGACCCAGGUGGAGGAGCUGCAGGCUCAGGUGGAGCAGCUGCGGGACCUGGAACAGCUGCGCGUGCUGCGGGAGAAGCGCGAACGCAGGCGCACCAUCCACACCUUCCCCUGUCUCAAGGAACUGUGCACCAGCCCCCGGUGUGAAGAUGCCUUCCGCCUGCACAGCUCCUCCCUGGAGCUGGGCCCACGGCCCCUGGAACAGGAGAACGAGCGGCUGCAGACCUUGGUGGGCGUGCUGCGCUCGCAGGUGAGCCAGGAGCGGCAGCGCAAGGAGCGGGCGGAGCGCGAGUAUGCCGCGGUGCUCCAGGAGUACUCGGAGCUGGAGCGGCAGCUGUGUGAGAUGGAAAGCUGCCGCUUCCGCGUGCAGGAGCUGGAGGCCGAGCUGCUGGAGCUGCAGCAGAUGAAGCAGGCCAAGACCUACCUGCUGGGCCGGGAGGACCACCUGGCUGAGGCCCUGCUGGCGCCCCUCACCCAGGCGCCCGAAGCCGACGACCCCCAGCCCGGCAGCGGCGACGACACCGGCCCCCAGGAUGGGGUCUCCUCUCCGGCGGCCUCCCCGGGCCACGCCGUGCGCAAGAGCUGCAGCGACACGGCGCUCAACGCCAUCGUGGCCAAAGAUCCGGCCAGCCGGCACGCGGGCAACCUCACGCUGCACGCCAACAGCGUGCGCAAGCGGGGCAUGUCCAUCCUGCGCGAGGUGGACGAGCAGUACCACGCGCUGCUGGAGAAAUACGAGGAGCUGCUGAGCAAGUGCCGGCAGCACGGGGCCGGGGUGCGGCACGCCGGGGUGCAGACCUCGCGGCCCAUCUCCCGGGACAGCUCGUGGAGGGACCUGCGGGCAGGCGAGGAGGGCCUGGGGGAGCCCAAGGCGGAGAAGAGCCUCAGCCAGCACGUGGAGGCCGUGGACAAGCGGCUGGAGCAGAGCCAGCCCGAGUACAAGGCGCUCUUCAAGGAGAUCUUCUCCAGGAUCCAGAAGACCAAGGCCGACAUCAACGCCACCAAAGUUAAGACACACAGCAGCAAGUGACGGUUUCCCCCCAUGGGUCAGGCCAGUGGGGGUCCCUCGAACCUGGGCCCUGCAGCCUCUGGUGAGUGAGGGAGCCCUUUUAGCAGCAAUACACCCCCGAGGGAGGUUGUCUUCUGACCCAGGGAGCACGUGGGGGAAACCCACUCUCUGCUGAUGAUGGAGGCCUUCCUCGAGUCCCAGGAACCUCGUCACCUGCGCCAGCCCACAGAUUGCAAGCCAAACAUCCCCACUCCCCUGGGGAUUCUCAGCUCUCCCAGCCCUGCCCCCUGACCCCCCGCCUUGCUCUCAGAUUUGUGGCCAAGCUUCUAAAAGCCAUUCUGGACCCGUUGACUUUUUUUUUCAACGUUGGUUUUCCUGAGAGAUUUUUUAGCAAGGCAAGUUCUCCCUGACCCCCCUCGCCACAACUGGAAACACUUGAAGGGGGACCCCAGAGCCAGCUGUUGCAGGUCCUAGGGGUCUCCCGGACCACCCACUCCUUCUCCCUAGCUGUGACACGCUGUCAUUCCCUUCGCACCAGGUGCCCUGCCUUGAGGGUCCUGACCGGGUUAGAGAUGGCCCCUGCCAGGCAGAGCAGGAAAGCCUGAGCCAGGCCUGAGCAACCCUUGAUGCCAGUACUGGUGAGGGCGGGCUUCUCCCUGGACACUCUCAGCCCACCGCAGAUUUGUAGCCAAUCAACUCAGAGCCAGCCUCCCCGGGUUCCAGCCCCGGGAAUGCCUUCUGGGUAUCAAGCCUUCCAGGGGUCCGGGCAAUGGGAGCUCCCACCGCUGCACGCCUCCUCUGACUCACCGAGCUUGGCCUCUGCCUGUCCCCAUCUCAGGGACCAUGAUGUGUCUCGUUCACCCCCAUGCUCCCCACCACCAGGCCUACCCCACUGCAGGUCAUGAGUGCCACCCCCAGAAUGUCCUGGGCGUGCGCCACCAGCCCAUGGUCCCAGCAUCCUCCCCUGCCCCGCUUUACUGCGCCCCCCCCCAGGAUGCUCACCCCACCCUGAGCAGUAUUGAAAUGGGACCAGAUGGGGAAUGUGUCUCCUCCUUCCCAUAAAAUGCCUGCUCUUAACCUCUCAGCUUUGUGGGGGGCUUUUGAGGACCCAGGAGGGUCAGGGACUUUAUCUUGUGUUAAGGCUUCAGAAGAUCCAGCUUCAGCUAAGAGAGGCCCAGAUCCCCAGUUUGCCCUUCAGGGCCCCCCGUUCCUUCUACCGCCCAUCCUGAGACCCUAGGGAUUGGAGGAGGGAAGUCAGUGGCCCUGGCCUCUGUGCUGGGAGCCCAGUGGGGAACCUUCAUGCCUUAUCUGUUUCUAAGGGGUUUUCUUAACAAGCCUCCCAGCCUCCCUGGAGGCACCAUGCUGCUCUCCGGGCAGCACUGUGAUGAGACCUGUCAGCUGGUCCUUCUGUUCACACAUCUUGGAAGCUUUUGUCCUUUGGAGCCGGACAGCUCCCUGCCCUCCGUGUGUCUCUGUCAUCUAGGGUGGAGGGGGUGGGGAGGGACAGGACAGGUGGGGAAACGGCUCCUGCCUCUUUGCUCCCCACUUCUGUAGCUGCCGACCAGCGUGACUCACCUUUGAAGUAUACAUGAGAGAAAUAUAUUUACAAAUGCUUUAUUCUCUUCUUUAAUAAAAAAAAAAACGCACCAGUAUUCUAAAAGCA